CGAAAAUGUUCCUUUUCUCCUCUUUUGAGCAAGCUACUCUGAAGCAAAAAAAGUUGUAAAAUUUUGGAAAACCCUAAAUCUUUCUUUCACUGUUCUUCGCUUUUACAAGAUUUGUUCAAAAUUAUGAGAGGAACUAAGCGCUCUGCCUUAUCAGACUCGAUUCCCGACACUUACGAUUCUGUGUUUGGUAACAAAAGAAUAUUGGCGGGAUCCUCAUUUGAUAUUCAGAGGGCAGAACCAUCUCAACAACAGAAGACAAAAACACCUACACUUGAUGUGCGCCGGGCGGAGUCAUCUCAGCAGCAUGUGAGAGCACUUAACACUCAAUUUGCAAGUUGGGUGCAGUCACAAUUAGCCAAUCAUCCAGAUGAACUUUGGGAAGAUGGUGUCCGUGAUUACUUGACUCAUGCCUCAAGUAUUAUGGAAAAAUUUAGUGAUAUUGUCGAGUGGCUCAAAGCAAACACUGUUAAAGGAGAAAGUUCACCUUCUACUGGAUCUUCCAUAGCUGAAAAGAAGACAGAAACUGAACGCAAGAAUACUGAUGUAAAACUAUUUCAAGGACAAACUGGUUUUGCACCUACUAGUGCAACUACUAGCAGUACAACUUCAUGGACCUCUGGGGCAUUCUUCAACCAUCAAGCCCCUAGCAUAUUUGGAUUACAAAAUUCAGUUCUUGCCAAUGGUGUUUCUGUUGGUCAAACUGCAGUCCCAACUUCAGAGAAUGCGGAUGACGAAAAUGACUUGGAGCAGCCAAGCAGCCCAUCUGUGAAGAAGUCUGAAGAGAAAGGGGUGGUUGUAGUGCAUGAAGUUAAGUGUAAGCUUUAUGUGAAGUCAACUGAUCCAGCAGAUAAAGAUGCAUGGAAAGACAAAGGCACAGGGCAGCUUUCCAUAAAAUGCAAGGAGGGUAUCAGCAAGGGUACAAAGGAAUCCAAACCAACAAUUGUAAUUCGAAAUGAUGUGGGGAGACUACUGCUGAAUGCUUUAAUCUAUCCAGGGAUAAAAACAAGUACUCAAAAGAAUUCGCUUGUUGCAAUAUUCCAUACUUCGAGUGAAGGCGAUACAAACGAGAAUGGUGAUAAAGAUACAGUUGUGGCACGCACGUACUUGAUUCGAUUAAAAACAGAGGACGAUCGGAAUAAGCUAGCAGAAGCGAUUCAAGAAUGCGCUCCCGCUCCUUGACGGUGAUAAAAGAUGGUGCCUUUAGAGGCCCUUUAUAUCGGAAGAGAAUUUUGUCUGUCUAUUUUCUUUCCCCCCAUUUGUGAGAGGGGGUUUCUUCGGAAAACAGGAUCAGUUUAACAUUCUAAAUUGAUCUCUCUACCAAAUGAAUCUACUUCUUUAAGAGAGGCUGAGGCAGUUGUACUAUAAAGAGAAUGGAUGCUUUUAUUUAGUGUACCAAUACAAUAAUGCAAAAUUUCUUGGUUUCUCAAUUUCAUCA